AUGGCUAAGCUUGCUGUCCCAAUAACCUUGCUUCUUGCGCUCCUCGGAUCGGUGGCGUCCCAGAACAUUUAUGCUCCUGGCCCGAGCCCACCGAGCCCAAGAGCGAUCCCUGAUACUCCUCCAAGGCGGAACCAGACGGGCUCAAAUCCACCGAGACCGACGCGGCCCACUAAUCCUCGGCUGAGCCCCAGACCGCCCGAGCCCGUUGAGCUCGACUCCACCUACGAAUCCUCCUCCCAGUCCACCGAGCUCACCUGCUUAUCCUCCCAACCCAACCCACCCAUUUAUCCUCCUAGCUCGAGCCCAUCGAGCUCGACUCCACCUACAAAUCCUCCACCCAGUCCACUAAGCCUGCCUGCUUAUCCUCCCAGUCCAAGUCCUUUGAGCCCAUCAAUCCCACCUACUUAUCCUCCAAACACAAGCCCAAGCCCGACCACCUACCCGUCGAGCACUAGCCCGACUCCGAGUGCAAACCCACCAGCGUAUACUUCACCAAGCCCAAGCCCUGCCAGCAGCUAUGCUCCAAGCACGAGCCCCAUCCCAAUUCCACCAUCUCAUCCUCCGAGUGCAAGCCCACCAAUAUAUCCCUCACCAAGCCCAAGCCCAUCGAUCCCUAGUCCAUCCUAUCCUACUCCCAGCCCCAGCCCAAGCCCUUCUAGCUCAAUCUCGAGUCCACCCAAUUACCCUCCUAGCCCAAGCCCGUCUAGCUCAAUCUCGAGUCCACCUCGUUACCCUCCUAGCCCUAGCCCAAGCACUGCUCCAUCAGGGCUCAGUGUCGGCUACUACAGGUACUCAUGCCCUGACGCAGAAAGCAUCGUCAGGGCGGCCGUGAAAAACGCCACAGACGGUAACCGUGGCACGGGCGCUGGCCUCAUUCGUUUGUUCUUCCACGACUGCUUCGUUGAGGGGUGCGAUGCUUCAGUUCUCCUCAACACGACCGGCUCUACCCGACCGACGGAGAGGGCCAGCGUACCCAACCUGAGCCUGCGCGGCUUCGAGGUGAUCGACGCGGCCAAGGCGGCGCUCGAGGCCGCCUGCCCUGGCGUCGUCUCGUGCGCGGACAUCGUCGCCUUCGCCGGCCGCGACGCUACCUUCUUCCUCAGCGGCAACGCCGUCGACUUCGACAUGCCAGCGGGGCGCUACGACGGGCACGUGUCCCUCGACAGCGCGGCCAUCGCCAACCUGCCGCCGCCGUUCGCCAGCCUGAAGGAGCUCAAGGACAUGUUCGCCGCCAAGGGGCUCGACACCGAGGACAUGGUCACCCUCUCCGGCGCGCACACCGUCGGCCGCUCCCAGUGCUCGUCCUUCUCCGACCGCCUCCCGCCCAACGCCUCGGACAUGAACGCCACGCUCGCCGCCUCUCUGACCUCGCAGUGCAACGGCACCGGCGACCCCACCGUGCCGCAGGACUUCGUGACACCCAGCGGCCUGGACAGCCAGUACUACAGGAACGUGCUCAACCACGAGGUGCUGUUCGGGUCGGACGCCGCGCUGCUGGCGUCGGACCAGACGGCGGGCAUGGUGAGAGACAACGCGUUCAAGCCGGGGCUGUGGGAGGACAAGUUCAAGGCGGCGAUGGUGAAGAUGGGCCGCGCUGGAGUCAAGAACAGCACCGACGGCGAGAUCAGAAAGAAGUGCUGGAUGAUCAACCAAGUAUCGAGCUAAAUCGUGAUCAGUGCUUGCAUGUGGUUCAGAAUUAUGUAGCACGGUGUAUACACUUUUUUUAAUACUCCAACUGUAUAUGUUCAUUCUUACAACACAUAUAAAAAUUAUAAUGAGAUUGAUUUGUUUUUUAUUAAA